CCCAUUUCCUCGACCUGUUAAACUAAUCCACAGGAACAGCUGUGUGUGCUCGGUUGGUGGUGGCAGUGGACUGCAUUUAGCAGAAACAAGGUUGUGGGAAACUGAAUUCUCAUCCGGACCUCAUGUCAGCUUUAAGCGGGAAGGUCCAGACUGUCCUUGGUCUGGUGGAUCCUGACCAACUGGGCCGAACUAUGACCCACGAGCACUUAACCAUGACCUUUGAGUGUUGCUACUUCCCUCCUCCACCUGGUGAUGAAGCGGUAGCAGAGAACCCCUUCCAGAUGCAGCACAUGUACUGGCUCAGGCAAAACCCCUACAGCUGCCAUGAGAACCUGCUUCUGCAGCAGGAGACCAGCGCAGUGCGGGACGAGCUGCUGGCCUACAGGAAGGCUGGAGGGGGCACCAUAGUGGAGAACACAACAACGGGCAUCGAUCGAGACCUGCCCACCCUCCAGCAGCUGGCCAAGGACACAGGGGUUCACAUUGUUGCAGGAGCAGGGUACUAUGUGGACAGCACCCACACUGAGGCCACCAAGAAAAUGAGUGUGGAGAAGCUCACAGACAUCAUUGUCAGUGAGGUGCUCCACGGUGCCGAUGGCACAGAUAUCCGCUGCGGUGUGAUUGGUGAGAUCGGCACCGGCUGGCCAAUCACGGAGAGCGAGACCAAGGUGCUGAGGGCCACAGCACAUGCUCAGUCUCAGCUGGGCUGCCCAGUUAUCAUCCAUCCUGGCAGGAACCCUGCCGCUCCAGCUGAAGUCAUUCGGAUUCUCCAGGAAGCCGGUGGGGACAUCAGCAAAACUGUCAUGUCACACCUGGACAGGACUAUAUUUGACUGCAAUGAACUGCUUGAGUUUGCAAAGUUGGGAAGCUACCUGGAGUAUGACCUGUUUGGAACUGAGAUGCUGAACUACCCAUAUAACCUGGACGUGGACAUGCCUAGUGACAGCCAGAGAGUGAAAGCCUUAGCGUUUCUGGUGAAAGAGGGCUAUGAAGACAAGAUAGUGAUCGCACACGACAUCCACACCAAGAACCGCCUGACCAAGUUCGGUGGCCACGGCUACUCGCACAUCCUGAAGAACAUUGUGCCGAAGAUGCUGAGUAGAGGCAUCUCGCAGCACCAGGUGGACAAGAUCCUUAUCGACAAUCCUAAACGCUGGCUGACCUUCAAAUAAAUGAAAAAAGACACACAAGGAGGGCGAUAUGAUGGAGGUGCAAUUUUUAUUCUCACAUAACUGAUCAACAACCCACAAUGAACACUUUGAAAUUUUAGCAGGAAUCACAAAUCUGACUUGUUUAUUAUUGUCAUUUUGGACCUUUAGACAGUUAUGCUCAAUGUGUAAAUGUAUACAAUCUCAAUGUUUUCCUUUUUUUUGUAAGCAAAACAAAAUGUUUUAUGACUUAAUCUUUGCAACGUGAAAUUUGAAGCUGAAGUUUUAUUCACCUAAAAUGAUUUUGCAUUUGUUAUUACAUUCAGCUUUGUGUGAACAGAUAAUUAAUCCUGUCCUUAGAAGUGCAAUUACAAUCAUGGAUAAAUA